AUGAAAGUCUGUUUAUUAAUUACGCCAACUGUUUUACAGAGGAUACGCCGUGAAAUAAGAAUCUGCGCAAGACUCAAACAUCACAAUAUUCUGUCUGUGUAUGGCUACACAUACGGCUUUGGCUUGUUCAUGGCAAUAGUCAGCCCCUGGGCAGAGAAUGGUAAUCUGACAACCUAUUUGGAGCGGGAAGAUGCUCACCUCACCAUGGUCAGACGAUUCCAGAUUCUCCGAGAUAUUACUGAAGGCCUGCACUACCUUCAUACGAACAACGUCAUUCACGGCGACUUAACUGGCCCGAAUGUGCUUAUUCAUGGCGAUGGCACAGCUUGCCUCGCUGACUUCGGUCUGUCCCUUGUGUACUCUGAAGUCUUGAGCGUCUCUCUGGCUUCCUGGACCUCGACUUUCCACGGAAACUUUCGGUGGCUGGCUCCAGAGCUACUUGGAGAGCCGGACGAUGAAUUUCCAAUACGACCAAGCACGUGCAGUGAUGUCUAUUCUUUUGGCGGUAUCAUGCUACAGGUCCUGACCUGCAGACCUCCCUACUAUUAUCUAAGUGAAGCUGCGGUCAUUCAACGCAUAGGCAAUGGUGUCAAGCCUUUGCGAUCACGUUAUCCUGCAUUCUCUGACAAAUACUGGAAUUUCAUUGAGGAAUGUUGGUCAGAUGCACCUCAGGAUCGUCCGUUGGUCGAGAGAGUUGCCAGGGUGAUUGGGUAUGAACAGGACUUGCUAUCCCACUCUUGA